AUGGAAGUCGUCAGAUCACAAAAGAAGCCUUCAUCAGCAGCUGCAUCUUCUGAUGUUGUUUCUAACAUCCCUCUUUACCGUUCACCUCCCACUCUCGAAGUCAGGCUCGAAGAUUUCGAGCGAUUCGCUGUUGAUCGUCUCCUAGUUCUCAGAGGGAUUUCUGAUGGAUUAGCUAGAGGAAAGAAACCUGAUGAAAUGGAGAAAUUGGUAAGUGAUCUAUGGAAGGCUAAUAUGAGACAUCCACAGGCAUCAGAGGUUAUCAAUAAGGAUAUCAUAUCCCAUUUUGUUUUGCGUCUUGUGUAUUGUCGGACAGAGGAACUGAGGAAAUGGUUUCUCUCGAUGGAAACUACUCUUUUUCGCUACCGGUUUCGGCUGGAAAAUUCUGAUGUCCAUAGGGUGUUGAUGACAGAGCUUGGCAUCCCUUACAAAGUUGUCACCAAUGCUGAAUUUGAGGGGUUGAAGGAUAAAUUGACCCAAGUUGCACGCUCAGUCAGCCAACCAUUGCCCACUUCUGAUGGAACAUAUUAUAAGGUUCCAUUUGAAGAAGUUCCAGAACUUGUGGCUAGUCGCAGAGUGUUCAUCCAGAAAGGAUAUGCAUAUGUUGCUUUGAAUCAGGUUGUCUCAUUCGUUAUUCCCCACUUUCGUAGCCAUCUUUCAAAAGCUCUCGUUCUCACAAACAGAAAAUGGACAUCCAUGAUUAGGGAACAAGAGAAGGACCGUUUAACCCCUAUAGUUGAAGCCCUAUCUACCAGUUAUCUGGGUCCUGACUAUUCUCAGGCCAAAGAAUUGGGUGAAAUGUCUUUAAAAGACAUUGAUCAAGUAGCAAGAACUUCAUUUCCUUUGUGCAUGCGGCACCUCUUCGACACAUUAAGAGAGGAUCAUCAUAUGAAGCAUGGGGGGAGGAUGCAGCUUGGCUUAUUCCUCAAGGGUGCUGGGUUGAAGUUGGAUGAUGCACUUGCAUUUUGGAAGGCAGAGUUCUCCCAGAAGGUUGGCGCAGAGAGAUUUGACAAAGAGUAUGCAUAUGGCAUACGCCACAAUUAUGGUAAAGAAGGAAAGAGAACGGAUUAUACACCUUAUUCCUGUCAGAAGAUCAUUCUAUCUACUCCAGGUGUUGGAGACCAUCAUGGUUGCCCUUAUCGUCAUUUUAGUGAAGAAAAUUUAAGAGCCGCCCUUGGUAAAAUGGGAGUAAGCAGUCGUGCAUUGGAUGACGUGAUAGACAAAGCAAAAACUAAACAUUAUCAGCUGGCAUGCACCUUGACCUAUGAAGCUGUUCAUGGCUCAUCUUGUGAUGCUGGAAUCAAUCAUCCAAACCAAUACUUAAGUGAUAGCCAAAAGAUCCUCGAAGCAAAGUCGACAGCAUGAUGCAAACAAGUUAUAUGAUCUGAUGUACAAGGAACACAUCUAUCCAAGUGUGGUUAUUUUUUAUUGAAUGCACAUACAUAUUCAACUCUAGAAAUGGGUGUAGUUGGAGUGAUGAGAAAUUUCG